CCCCCCCAAAACCCUCUUGUAAUGAACGCGCGCUUGGGUGUUGUUUAUGCGUGGAAUAAUUUUAGGGCUGAUUCACUAGGACACAGAUGUCAUCUUUCAGCCCGUCUAAUUUAAUAUUAAUAAUUAGCUUCAUAGCGCACUGCUGAAAUGUAAUUCUCAAGUGCUUUGUCAAACGCUUGUCUUGAUCGGUGAGCUUGCAUUUUGUGAAAAUAAUCUCUUAUUUUAGUUAUACUUUCAGUUAAGCUCUUAUCUCUUGACCCGAUCUGGAAAAUAGGAAAGCGGUGCGUGCGGGGAGGUCCUGUUUUCUGCCACUUAGCAAAGACCCCUUUUGUGAAACUGUUUUAUUAUUAUUUUUAAAGUAAUACUCUUCUUUUUGUUCUCUUCGGACAGUGUUAAUGUGCCGAGGGAAGGCAACGCAGGAUUUUAAAGGUCCAGAUUGUCGCUUUGUAAAUUUUAAGAAGGGAGAAGCGGUGUACGUAUAUUACAAACUAAUAGGAAAAUCAACCGAGCUCUGGGCUGGAAGCGUUGGAAGUGAUUUUGGAUAUUUUCCAAAGGAUUUACUUGAAAUAAAUCAUAAUUAUUCCAAUGAGGAGCUAGAGUUACCAACAGAUGAAACAGACUUUGUUUGCUUUGAUGGCGGAAGGGACGAUUUUGACAAUUAUAAUGUGGAUGAGCUUUUGAAGUCAUUGCAAGAGACAAUAGCAAAUGAAGGGGAAACUGAAUCGAGUGAUCCAGGGACAAAACCAGCUGAAGGAAUUGAAAGGGAUGAGGAGAUUGAACAGCUCGAUACAGUAAAGUCCCUUGAUGCUUUGGAGACAGACAAUCUUGAGCUAAGCAUAGAAGAUGACGCGAUAGUCCUCAUCACGACAGAGGAAGUAGACAGUUCUCUUACAGAAGGAACUGAAAAUACUGGGGGAGACUCCAGUGUCCGUAGUUACGAAGAAAACUCUCAGGGAGAUCAUAUUGCACGUGAGCACUUGAAAGGAAUGCUACAUGGGAAACUAAAAGGGCUAGAAAGUGAAAAUACCAAAAACAUUAGUAUUCCUCAGGGUGAAACCAGUCAACUUGACAAAGAGAAUGAAGAAGUCAAUGCCUAUACACUUUUAAACAGAGAGCUCUCUGUGAACUUGAAAACAGAAUUUGGUUCAACUGCUGAUGCUGUGGUAUCAGAUGAUGAAGUGACCCGCCUUGUUACAUCGCUGGAAGAUGAUAUUAAUGAAGAUUUGAGCAUUAAUGCUCAUGAUGCAGAGGAGGAGCCAGACUUUGCAGAUCAGUCUGAAGAAAUCCCUUUGCUGUCUUUUACGGCAGAGGAAGAAAUUACAUCCCCAGCGGAUUUAGGAGAUGAUGAAACCGAUGACAUUGAGUCACAAAAUCAUGAACCUGCUGAAGAUGCAAUGGGUGCUACAGAGCUAAAUAACCAAAGAGACAAUGAGGAAGAACCUGAUUCAGAUGCAUUAAUUCUUGAGGAUGCCUUCAGUAAGAGCAAGAAGUCGGGUAACAGUAUAAGUGUGGACAGGUCUGAAUCUAAACAAACAAAAGAGAAACAGGAUGAGGUGAUGCUAAUUAGUAAAAGAGAAGUACCAGCAACAACUCAACCUGAGGAUCUCUCCAAAGAACUCCUUAGAAAGGAACCCGUAGGUGCAGGUGAUCUGGGUUCAAAAGAAAAAACAAACAAAACUGAACAGUUUCAGGAGCAGCACACGGUUGAUGGAACCGAGUCACAUACUGAAGAGCUGAAGAGUACAGCUGUGCCUGAUCCUUAUGUUUUGCCUAGUCCAGGAGAUGAUCUGGAGUCCAAAUCAUUUGUUAAAAGCAAGGAAGGUGCUUUAAAACCACCUGUUGGUGAUAUCAACAAAAGUCCAGAAAGACUGCUGCUUGCUCAAAUAGAGAAAGAUGAGAAAAAGUUCGAGGAUGACAUCUUGGAAGAGGUCUUGGAAAGUGAUUUAAAGCACAAGAAGUUAUGGGAGGAAACAAAGGAGAAAGGAAGAGCUGAGAACAAGCCUUCUGUUGAUGUUCCAGCCAAACCAGUGGAAGAGGUAAAAAAUGCACCUCAAAGUGACUUAGGAGAUACUGACCUCUUGAAAGAGAAACUGGAGCAUGGAAUGCCCACUGUGGAGAAAGAACUUCUAAGACAUGAAGAAGAUUUGAAACAAACAGGGGAGACCGAUCAUGAAAAUCAAAAAACCACCUCUCUUAACAAAGAACCUGAAAUAAAAAGGAGAAACAUGAAAGAAACCCCUGCAGGGGAGGGAGACCCAAGCCAUAGAGGAGCUGUCGAGCAACCUAGGCCAUGGGAAAAUGAAACUGAGUAUUCAGAGGCAGAUGUGAAAGAAGAGCUUUCAAGAUAUCUUGGCAAGAUGACAGCAUUUGAAGAAAGCAUUGAGAAAAGUUCCCCUGAAGAAAAAUCAAAAAGCACUACACAGAAUACUAAUACAGAGAAUCUUACUCAGCAGGGAACUGCUCGUACUGAGGCUGCAGACUCAGACCGAAAUCUUGGCACAAAUUUAGCUAAAGAAAGAACACUAAGACCAGAAUUGCAAUCUGAAGAGCCAGAUGCUGAAGAUGACCCUGACCUGAAACAAGUAGAGGAAGAGCUACUGGAAGAUGAGAAUGCUGCAAGUGCAAAGCUGUCGCAAGCAAGGGCUGCAAAUGUACAGGGUGAUACACUGAACAUUAAAAGGACAAACUCUGAAUUAGAGGUACUAAGUGAAGCUGUUUCGGGAACUGCAAAUCCUACUUACGAAACAUGGGAGGAAACAAACUCAUUUUCUGAGGAGGCUAAAAAAAUGAUCAGCGUGCAAGAUGCAAGCGAGUCUGGGAACAAAGAGGUUGACGUACCAGUGAGUGAAGAUGCUAAAUUGGAUGAGAUGGAACGUGUCACGGAAGAUGAUGAGGAGUCUUCUGAAGCUGAGGAACCAUCAGCUGUGGAAGAACAUAAUUUCCAAUCUCCUGACGCAGAAGACAACAAUGACUUUAACCAAAGGGAAGAUCAUCUCCCAGAGGGCAUUUCAUUCAAUGACUCAAAAGACGUGCAAAAUUUAGAGCAUACAAGAAAUGACCACCAGCAAUCUGCGCAUUUCCCCAGCCCUGCUGACAGCUCAGCAGCCACAAAUGACACUGUAACAGACUUCAGUGAGUCUGUGAGGCGGCUCACAAUAAUGAGAGAUUUUCUUGACGAAAAGCGUGUAACACGUCUACAAAAGUACCUUGGGCUUCAACACGUGGUUAGGAUAGAAGCCAUGUUUCACGACAUGAAGGUAGAGAUGGAGCUUGCUCGGAAGGCAAGCCAUAAUAACGAAGAUAUAGAAAAAGCUUUGGACCAGAUACUUGAGUUUUCAGAAUCAAACGUUAUGGAAGUUGUAGGAAAAGUUCUGGAUUCCAGAGUGGCAGAAAAUAAAGAGGAGGUGGUGAAAGAAAUGGAUUUGUAUGAUGAGGAGAGCGCACUGAUGGAUGAUAUUCAAGAAUUAAUAUAUUCUUUAAGGAGUAAAUAUUCGUCUGCUAGUGAGAGUGUCCCACUCGCGUCUAUUCCAGAACAGGAAGAUGAUCAGCUGCACAUUCAAGAUGGUGCAAAAGAGGCUGAAUAUGACAGAGUUUCCAUCAGAAACCCAAGUGCCAUUGAUGAGAGCAAUCAGGAAUUUCAGCAGCUUGAAGAUAAGAGGCCAGAACAGCCUACUGAGGAGAAGGAGAGCACUGUUAAUGUUCCACCUGAGCACGAAGAGGCCAACUUCUCGGAUAAUAGAGAAGCCGAAGAAGGGUAUGAUAGUGAAAGAGGAUCGCUGCUGGAAGAUACUUCCUCUGGGUCAGAUACUUCCCCAGGACAGAGUGCCAGGGAAGAUAUUGCUGCAGCCGCGGCCGGGGAGAAGGCAGGGGUUUCUGUGUGGCUUGUACAGCUUAUUUUCCGAGUGCCGUGUCUGUAUCAGCCCUGUAAACCGUGCCAGUUGGUUGCUACCCUGCCUGAGGAAAUUCGUCCUGGGCCUGAUUUCCAUGGACUUCCAUGGGAGCCUGUUAUUAUCACUGCCUUAGUGGGAUUUGCCACGCUUGCUAUAAUUUUCUGGAGAACCUGCCUUUCAGUAAAGAGUAGAAUAUAUCAAGUGACUGAAAAGCAGCUUGCUGAAAAGAUUAAAAACCUGCUACAAGAAAAAACAGAAAUCUUAGAAAAGAUAUCAGAAUAUGAUCAAAAGAUAAAGGAAGCAAAGGAAUCUGUGAAAGUGGCCCAAGAACAAAAAGAUGUUCUCUCGGAUGAAACUGCAGGGCUUAAGGACACUGUCAAAGGACUGGAAGAAGCAAAUCGUCAGCUAGAUGACAAAGUAAAAAAUCUGCACACAAUGCUUGAAACAGAGAGAAAAAAGAAUGAGAAGAAACAGAUCUCGAUCUCCGAAACCCAGAAGUCCUUGGAGAAACUUCAAGAGGCUAUCAGUGUGCAUUCUGUAGAGCUUUCAGAGGUGCAGAUAGCCCUUAAUGAAGCUAAACUAAGUGAAGAAAAGGUGAAAUCUGAACUUCAUCAUGUGCAGGAAGAGAAUGCUAGGCUGAAAGAGAGCAAGGAGCAACUGCUAAAAGAAGCUGAAGGUUGGAGUGAGAGGCAUACUGAGCUCAGUGAGCAGAUCAAGUUGUAUCAGAAGUCUCAGAAGGACAUAGAAGAAGCACUUGCCUACAAGGAAAAUGAAAUUGAAGUUUUAACUAACUGCAUUAUGCAGCUGAAGCAGCUGGACGUGGAUUCAGCAUCUGAGGCCAAGAAGGAUGGUGAAGGGCGUGAAUGGAGCGCAGGAGGCGAUCUGGCCAAUGGAGAGUUGCCAGAUAAUGAGAGUGAGAAGAUGAAGACUCAGAUCAAGCAGAUGAUGGAUGUCUCCAGGGUAAAAACUAUGUUAUCCAUAGUUGAAGAAGACAGAAAUCUUCUGCAAUCCAAACUGAGUGAUGAAGUAACAGCAAGACAUGAGCUGGAAGAGCAAAUAAAAAAACUAGAACAUGACUCCUGUUCGCUCCAGUCAGCCAAAGCCCGGCUGGAAAAUGAGUGCAAAACACUACAGCAGAAAGUGGAGAUUCUUGGUGAACUUUACCAGCAGAAGGAGAUGGCACUCCAGAAAAAACUAACCCAGGAAGAGUAUGAGCGUCAGGAGAAAGAGCAGAAAUUGUCUGCUGCAGAUGAAAAAGCUGUGCUGGCCAUCGAGGAAGUGAAAGUUUACAAGCAAAGGAUCCAAGAUAUGGAAGAAGAAUUGCAAAAAACAGAGAGAUCUUACAAAAACCAGAUUGCUGCUCAUGAGAAAAAGGCACAUGACAACUGGCUUAUUGCCCGCUCUGCCGAGAGAGCUCUGGCUGAAGAAAAAAGAGAAGCAGCCAACCUGAGACAAAAAUUAAUAGAAGUAAACCAAAAAAUCGUCAUGCUUCAAAGACCAUUAAUUGUAAAGCCAACUCCAGACAGACCCGAUCGCCAGAUCCUACCACGGCGAGGGCCCUUAAGCAGAGAUGGCUCUUUUGGCCCAUCACCUGUGAGUGGAGGAAAUCCAUCACCCACACAGAUGAUAGAAGUUCCUCCUCGGCCCCUUUCUGCUCCUCGAAGGGAAGGCUCAAGAGGUGAAUUUGGUGCGGUGGUAGAUGGCCCCCCUGCUCCACGAAGGCCACCAGAGUUACCAGGAAGGAUGUCUGUUCCUGAUCUCGGACCUGCUGUAGCAUCCCUGAUCAGUAGUGGGCCAAGAACCUCCUCCCCUUCCGCAGCGAUGGAUGGAGUGGCUAAUGCUAGUCCCAAAGGCCCACCUUCGUUCCCUGGGACGCCUAUCAUGACCUCCCCCGUGAUGGGACCUCCGCCUCAACCGCCUGUUCGCUAUGGACCGCCGCCAGCUCCGCUCCGUGGGCACUUUGGGCCUCGACCUCUUCCUGUGCCCCUAGUUCGCGGUGCUCCCUUGCCACCUCCGGCUGCAAGAGAUUUCUUACCUGGCCCACCCUUAGGAAUGAGAGAUCUGCCUCCGGGCCCACUACCGCCGCCUCCAGAUCCAAGAGGCUAUGGACGUGGGCACCCUCCUUUUCGACCCCUAGGUCCUCCUGGCCCAAGAGAUUAUCCUCCAGGCCCACGGCUACCCCCACCUGGUUCAAGAGACUAUACGCCUUCUCCUAACAGAGACUUGCCUCCAUCAGGACCUAGAGACUACCCGGCAGGCCCGCCACCACCACCGCCACCGCCAGCAGGCUCAAAGGACUACACACAGCCUCCCGCCCAGAAACCCUAACUGCAGCGCCUGGUCAGCAGCUCAACGGAAUGGACUCUAGCGCACUUCCUACGGUCAGGAUUUUAGGAAAUGGCUCUCUAUUUGAAGCCAUUUGUCUCAUUUCAGUAUACUUCAGCUUUUGCGGGAUCAAUUUUUAUCCAAUUGCUACAGACAUCUUAUGUGCAUUUACGAUCACCUUAAACUCAUCCAUCCUCUUGGGCUGCAAGAACCUUCUUGUGAUGGACUUGAACCUACUCUAAACGUGCAAUAGAAAGGAAGUACCUGUGUGGCUAGUUUUAAUUAAAUGUAGCCUCUGUAACCAGUUGGUGAAUGAACUAAUUUCAUGAAAAAUGUAAAUCAAAUCAUUUCCUGUGGAAAUAAUUUUUAAGUAAAAUGCUAUCCUACCUGCCUUCUCCAUCACAUCAUUAAGCUGCAGUUACUGUAGGCCAGGGGUUUACGUGAGGACUGUGAGGUGGUUUUGUUGUGGGUUUGGGGUUUUUUUUGUUUUUUUUUAAAAGAUGUCUGGUCAGAGAUCAGAAGCACAAAUGACACUGUAUUCAAAGGAAAGUUAUAAUAAAAAGCAAAAUUCCUUUUGCUAAACCCUG